CUUGUCGGCCUUAUCCAUUCCCACACGUUUCAUUCCACCCUCUAACGUCAGAGUUGCGUUCAAUCAACGCCGGUGCUUCAUCUCUGCCCAAUUAAGUAUCAGACGGGGUUCCACAGCCAUGGGAUAUCGCUCUCAGAGUUAUAUCGCAUUAAGACAGUUGCUGACUUUUAUGGGAAACAUCUUAUAAAGAUGACACGGUGGUAAAUCUCUCGGGAGCGAUGGGGAGCCGUUCCGUGGCGACUUGCCAAGCAAAGAGAGGCGAUACUGAACAGCCAGCCAGUUAUGUGACACGAGGUCCCAACUCCCAAGGAGGACACAGCUACAACACCUUUCGUGGAUUUAGGAUCUCACAAGGUCUUAUAAAGGUUUUCCUAGAUUUAAACGGCAAGAAUAGCUCCCCUACUAUCUCCUUGCGUUGAUUUCGACGUUUUUGCUACCUUCUAAUUCCAGAUUCUACAGUAUAAAUUACUCUCAAACACCACUGAAUACAUCCUCUAAGACUGGUCCUCGGAGCCCAAAGGACGUUUCUCAUCUUUUCGAGACUGACCGAUUAAGAUGCACAACUGUUACUGUGCUGUACCUUCAUUAUCUUAUGGUGCACAUUAACACGCAUUCCAAUUACU